GAUGCCCUGUUUGGUGGGAGGAAAUUCAUAUCAGUCACGAGAGUGGAACAUACGUUGAAAAUCUUUGACACAAUGUCUUUUGCGGGGUUAAAGAAACAGUUUAACAAAGCCAAUCAGUAUAUGAGUGAAAAGAUUGGUGGUGCUAAAGGAACAGAACUUGACGAUGAAUUCACGGAAAUGGAAAGAAAGAUCGAUGUGCUGGGGAAGCUGGUGGAUGACCUCAUUAUCAGAACACAGGAAUACCUCCAGCCCAAUCCAGCAUCAAGGGCAAAACUAUCAACAAUGAAUACAAUAUCAAAAUUCCGUGGCCAGGGAAAAGUUGCACCAUACCCACAGCCCGAGGGCAUUCUGGGAGAACACAUGAUCAAGCAUGGUAAAGACUAUGGUGAAGAAACCAGCUUUGGUCAAGCCCUUGUAGAAGCUGGCGACACAUACAGACAUCUUGCAGAGAUCAAGUACAACCUCGAAGACAACGUCAAGCAGAACUUUCUAGAACCUUUAACACAAUUACAGAUGAAAGACAUUAAGGAAGUUAAUCACCAUCGGAAGAAGUUAUCAGGACGAAGGUUGGACUUUGAUUGCAAGAAGAGAAAGAAAGAUAAAGGAGCACCGGCAGGCUCUACCGUCACAGAAGAGGAACUUCGUGUAGCGGAGGACAAAUUUGAAGAAACUAAAUGUUUAACAGAGACUGCUAUGAACAAUCUUCUCGAAAAUGAGGUGGAACACAUAGCCCAGCUGCAGUCGUUCGUGGAAGCUCAACUCGACUACCACAAGCAGGCCGCGACGGCACUCGAGAGUUUGCUGGAGGUGGUGGAGGAAAAACGAAAUGAAGCCGCAAGUCGGCCAAGGAGUGAACACGUACCAAAACGGGUGGCCUCAUUCCGGAGAAGUGAGUCGCCCAUGUUUGAUGGUAAUGACGAAGAGGACUUUGGCAAAACGGGAAGUUACAGUAUUGGAGGAGGGUCGUCGUAUAACCAGACAUCUAACAACCAAACUGGAUACGAAGGAUUUUAUGCUGUAGAGGAUGUUGAAGCAACAGCUCACAAGAAAGAGGCGUGUGCGGAGGCGCUGUACGACUUUGUUCCCGAGAACGACGGAGAACUCGGCUUCAGUGAGGGCGACAUGAUAACUCUGACCAACCAGAUUGACGAGAACUGGUAUGAGGGUUCCAUUCACGGUGCCGUCGGCUACUUCCCUGUCAACUACGUCAAGGUCGUCGUGCCGUUAUAGUGCUGGCUGUUUCUCGUUGAAAAGCUGAACGACUAGACAGCUUGGGAUAUCCGUGGGGAAAAGUGUUUUAAAACAAAUAUGAAAUUAACUUUCAAGCAGCAGUAUUCAUUUUUGUUAUUAUUUAAAUGUAAUGUGGGUUUGAUUAGCAAAAUGUUGAUAAAGGUUUAGAAAGUACUUUUUAUAUCAUGGGCAACAAAAAAAGAAGAUUACUAGUAUAUUAAAUAUAAGAUACCAGGCCCCGUGCUUAUAAACAUUAAAGUCUAGACUUUAAUAAAGUCCAGACUUUAACGUCAUGGUAAUGCCAUUCAAAUAGCAUUACGUUAAAGUCUAGACUUUAAGUUUUAAAUUAAAAGCACGGGCCCUGAUGUUGAAAGCUACUUUCAAACUAAGGUGCUUAGAAUUUUUUUUUUUAAAGUAUAACCUGAAAUGUAUAUUACAAAUUAUUUCUACGAUGUUUAUGUUGAUAGGUUUUUGUUAAAGUCUGCUUGAUUGUAUGUACCUGUUUAUAAAUUUGAUAUUGUCACUAUGCAGGGUUGGUUCUCAGUACCAUUACUAGAGACCUCUAGUAGCAUUACUUCUAACUUGAGGGUCAUAUUGGAUACAGUUUGUGCAUUCCAUAUGAUAAAUGAAAUCUUAGUUUUUCGGGAGUUUCCGAAACAUCACCAUGUGAUAAAUGUAUAAUAUUUGUUUAGAAUGUAUUACUUAUAGAUAGUGUUGCUUGCAGCUUGAGACAUUUUGGAAGGACUGGAUCAUACACACGAUAUAGUCGAUAGAUAGCUUGUAACAUGCUAGAUUGGUAUGGAAUGAGAUUGCUGACAACAAUUGUUUUUCUUGUCUUAUUUCUCAAUAUUCUCUUUAACAACCACAGAGAUUUUAAAAAUGUUUUGUGUGCACGUAUCAAUGCAAAAGAGCCAAGAAAAAGAAGAAUGGUGAUUAAAAACAAGCAGUAUGAAGAAUGUUGGACAUGUUUCUUAGGAUCACAGUUACCAGUGUGCAGGUAUCUGACAAAAACCGUGUGACCAUUAUCACGUUUAAAACCAUAUCUCAGUACAAGAUACUCCAAGGAAUAUUAAUAGCUGUAUUACGUAGUCACGGAAUCACUGUAGACGUGUUCACAGUACAAUUACGUAAUGUGAUUAAUAUGCUGUUUUUCAUAAUGCUGUUGGAAACCAUUUUAUUAAUGUUCAGUGGAAAGAAAAGCAUGUUUAAAACAAUAACGCUCAAUAAGACAACUGGCCCAUAUAAAAUGACGUCCUCAGAUACGACAUUCCCUGACAACGUAAUUUUUUCGUUCAUCGAGAAUUGAAAAAAUUCCCGUUGCUACGUCUGGAUGAAAGGGAUCACAUUAUAUUGUAAUGAAUGUAAUGAAAAUUUAAUUAUGUACCUGUAUUAAAUUGGCAGCAAUAUAAUCAAAUAUAAUGAGAAUCUAGAAUAAAUAGAUGAGGAAAAAUUACUUUCCAUAUUAAAUAUGCUUGGAAUCUAAACCCUAAAUUGACUGCAAUGACUUUCCAUAUUAAAUAAGCUAGAAAUCCAGACAAAUAAUAUGUCCCGAGCCCAGUUGCAUUUGGGACAGACGUGCCUGAACAUUAAAUUGAUAUAUGCAUGUCAUUAGAAUUUAGAGUGGAAAGGACAAGAUUGUUGACAGCAGUAACUUUCCAUGUGAAGUAGAAGCCUAGAAGCCUGUAGAAGAUAGGUAGCUGUUUUAUCAUUAUGAUAUUAUAUUUUGAGGGUUUGAAACUGGUUUCUUUGUUGUAUUAGUAGAUCUUUGCAUGUUUAAAUUCAAGUAUUUCGGGUUUAUUUGAUAUUUCACUGAAGGCUUUUUGUUUUUUCUUUCUAUCUGUUUGUUGUUGUUGUUUUUGUUUUUUUUUUACCUUUUUUGUUUUUUAGCUAUGCAUACCUUUGUUUGUAAUUGAACCUGAUGUCCAGGCCUGGUGCCUGGCAUUAAUUGUUGUUGUUUUUAUGUUACUGACAUUUAAAGAUCCUUAUUAUCCUUAACUAUUGAUGCACACCUCCAUAAGAGCAUUGUUCCUGGUGGUAAAUUUGCCAGUUUUCAGUUUUGUUCAAAAUAACUUUUGACCAUGCUUUAAUUGUAUUGAAGGAUCUGGGUUAGUUCAAAAUAUCUUCCGACCAUGCUUUAAUUGUAUUGAAGGACCUGGGUUAGUUCAAAAUAACUUCUGACCAUGCGUUAAUUGUAUUGAAGGAUCUGGGUUAGUUCAAAAUAACUUCUGCUCAUGCUUUAAUUGUAUUGAAGGACCUGGGUUAGUUCAAACUCCAUUGUGGAUCAUCCCCAUAGCAUUUUGGAGGAGAAAUGUUUAGACUUUAAAGGAGCUAGUGUGAAUGGCACAAGUUUAAAUUAUAAUCUACCAUAUACAUAAAAAUAGCAGAAAGGGCAUGUGUGACUCAUUUGUGAGGCCCUUGUCAACAGGUUUGUCUGUUGAGCACUGGAUUCAACUUGCACAUUCGACAAAAACGAUCAGUUAAAUGGCUACCAAAAACUACUUAAGGGAGUCUGAUGAUUUUUAUUAUGGCAUUAAGUAGCAUAUGGUCAUCUGAUAGAGGAUCUAGUACUCAACAAGACGUAUUUGGAUACAGUAGCAAUCAGAAUUCAGGUAUUUCUCAUUUAAAACUAGCUUUAAAUGUGUCAUCAGUCACUGUGGAAAUGCCCAAAAGCAUUUAGAGUCUGCCAAAGUUUCAAGCUAAAGACUUGUAAGUGUAAAUUUUAACACCAUACUAAUAUGCAGUUCUGUAUAUAAGACUAGGAUUAACUAAAUUUUAAUACCAUACUAAUAUGCAGUUCUGUAUAUAAGAGAUAAGAGAAGGAUUAAACCACGAGUACCGAUUCUUUGUUUAGUCCUUAGAUGCAUACAUACAUCCUUGGUGUCCAGGAAUGAGAUCGGUCUACAACUCUCCAUCAUUAUUAUUAUUAAAGCUUUAUAAUCAUGAAUUCUGGUGCUCUGGUUUCUAAGGUGGAAAAUAACUGAUGAUCGUUUGAUAGUCUUGUCUCCUAAGACUGGACGUUUAAUGUGUGUGUGUGUGUGUGUGUGUAGCUCGUCCAUUCCUGUUUGGCAGUAUUUAUUUGUUUGGGAUUUGCUUGUUGUUGGGGGACAAUACUGCUUUUCGUGUUCUUGUUGAUUCUUACUAUAUACAAAGGUUAUUUUACCUAUCUGUUGACUGUUACUGAUAUUUCUGUUCAUAUUUAUUAAUAUUAUCACACUUGGUUUAGAAUUGUUCAUCAUUAAUAUUGUAAUUACAUAACAUUGUUUUGUUCUGUAUAGUAAUUGUGAAGGAGAAAUAUCCAUUUAAGGCUUUGUCAAGUUUCUUUUCACCGAGUUUUCAUGUAUUCUGAUACUACUGGAAUAAAUGGAAAAAAGCAAAUGGAUUAGGUACAAGUUAUACAAUUUACUAGGCCUUCUCCAUAUGAUUGUAUUAUGAUACUGGAUUAAAAUAAAUUGGAAUUUUUUCAAAAGAUACUGUGUAAACAUUUGUACAAAAGUAACAGACAAAACACAAACACGUAUGAAUGAACAUCAUUGUAAGUAAGUCAUUUUCUUUUCUCUUUUUUCUUUGUGUAUUAUCGACAAGGUUUCAUACAGUGUCCAUGCAAAAACAAAUUCAGUAAGUUUAUUGUGUGAAUUGUAUAGUGUAAUGGUGAACUGAACAUGAAUUAUCUCCCUUUAACAUAAGCUGUGAGAAGAAUCGGCCAUUUAAUAUAUAUUGACUGCAAAUAUGUCACCGGAGUUAUCUCACUUGAGUUUCUUUCAUUGCAGAUUUAAAAUAUGACUGUUCUUGGAAUAUGUCUUCUUUUAUUUUACAAAACAUUUUAUAAUGAUUUUAUUAUUGAAAUGAAAUAUUGCAAAUCAUUCUAAUUAAGAAUAACAUAAACAUUCCUUGGAACAGUAAGAAGAAAAUGUUUUUUGUAUUCAGUGCAUGUAUGUUACCAUCGGUAUUCUCCUGAGCCCCUUUCCAUGAAGCGAUCUUAGUGUUAAGAUCACCUUAAGUGCGUAACUACCGUAUGCACUUAUGGUUGGAGCAUGCACUUAAGGUGAUCUUAGCCCUAAGAUCGCUUCUUGGAACAGGGCCCUGAUCUGUAACCAGGUUGGUGCCUUGCUAUGCUGGCAUCACUUGUCACCAUGCAUUCUCGUGGUUUUCAAAAGCAUGUUCACCCUGCCAAAUAUGAUACUGCUAUGAACACAGAAUCUAGUAUUUCACUUCAGAUCUCAACAAUUCUCACAUACAUUAUGUUUAUAUUAUAUUAUAGAUAAUUUGUUUCAUAACAUCGGCUAUUUACAGGUAUACCAUUUUUAAAAAGUUUUAAGUAAGGCUGUCUCCCUCAUCCCCAUCCCCACCUUUGCCCCAGGAGCUACAUGCUAACAAUUGGAUGUUUUCCUGUUCAGCCAUUGCAUUGCGCCAAGUUGGUAUCAGAAAAGUUGGAGCACACUGGUUGUUAUACAGUAUAUGAAUAAAAGAAAAUUGGUGAUAUUAAAAGAGGAAUAUAGAAUAAAUGAAAGUUAACUGAUAGGUGUACACAACCUUUUUUGUAUGGUAUAUGUGAUAUGUUGUUUUCACUGUUAUAUAUUUCAUAGCAUGCAUGUGUCCUGUUGAAAUGAAAUAUUUUAUAUCCCCACAAUGAGGUCUAUAUUUUUUGUUCCUUUUUGUAGCUUGUAAAAUUAUUUUUAAGAAAUUGUUUUUUUUAAUGUACUUUUGUUUUCUGUAUUUUAUUUUCAUAAAUUUUUGUGUCAAAUAAGUUCAUUAGAGUUAUUUUUAUAUAUAUAAUACAAGGGGAUUUUUUAAUUUUAUUUUACUCUUACUUAUACUUCCAUUUUGUACAUAUCUGUGCAAUUGAAUUAUUUACUAAAACAAAUUGUGUGUAUAUUAUUUACAGUUUUCCAUUAUCCGCAUUUGCAUAUUGUCCACAAAUGUUAAAUUAUGUGUAAUCCACAACGUCAUCAUCUGUCAUUAAUUGGGUCUUCUCGGAUUGUUAUGGAGACUCGUUGUCAAAUUCACAUAUCAUCUGUCCUCCUGUUUUGUAAUGUGGGUGGACGCGUGUCAGUUAAACAAAGCCUGCGAUCUGGGUUGGUAGUCGAAAUGAGGAAGAUGGUUAUAACAAAAUAACAAAGUUCUGUUAAGUUUUUUAAAUGUUUUGUACACAUGAUUUGCAGCCAUUGUAGCAUGUUUCCAGGUAAUAGAUUUUGUUUUAACAUUUAAAAUUACAUAUUAAAUUGAUGUAUAAUUUUAAAUGUUAAUGUUAAAUAUUAAAAAAAAAAAUCUUUAAUAAUAUCAAUUACAUUUUCAAGCUGACAUGCUGUCAUGCUUCUGGUCCAUCCCAAAAUGUUUGUAGUAGUAGUAUGGUAAUCCAAACUGGAUUUUAACUCCUACUUCUUUCUUUAAUACAGACAGAAUAUUUGGGGUGUGAAAUCCAGUCUUAGCUUUCAUAAAAAUGUGGAUGAUCAAAGUCAUGUUGGACAUACAUACACUGAUUUUAUAUGCAAGAAAAUAAAAUUAAAAAAUAAUGAAUAAUUAUGCAAAUUUAAUAAUUUAAAAAAAUGCUUUAUUGGCUGGAAACAUGUGAUUUCUCUAAGAAAAAAAAGGACUGCAAUCCUGUGGUUGAGAUAUGAUGAAUCUUCAAAACUGUGAUGGUUAUUUUGAUCGAGUUCUGACACGGCUAAAUAUAAAAUCGUCUUGAGUCUG